AUGCAGUACGUGUGGGGUCUGACCAGCAAGGCGGGAUUGCGGCCCGUAUCUUGGCUCAGUGCUUAUUACACCGAUACCUACUUCUGCUUCGACGUCAGGAAGCAGCCUGGAGUGCGGGGGCACGUCGCUCUCACCAUUGACGACGGCCUUUGCCGCCAAAGAGACGCUGGGCAGUCGAUGGCGGACGAAGUGGGGGAUCUGUUGAAGCAGCACGGGGCGAACGCCACGUUCUUCGUCUGCUCGGACUAUGUCCGCGAACCCCGGCUGGAAGGGCAAGCCAGGCGGUUGGUCGCGGACGGCAACGAGCUUGGGAAUCAUUGCGCAAAGGAUCGCGAGUAUGCCUCCCUGUCUGCCGACGACUUCGGGCAGGUCUUUAGCGAGGCGAACGGCACCUUGACAGCGCUGCUCGGGGAGGGCGACAGGGUGCGCUGGUUCCGCGCGCCUCAGGGCAGGUACACCCGCGCCAUGCGCGACUCCGUGGAGCGGGCAGGCAUGCAGCACGCGCUCGGGGAUGCCUACUGCGACGACUGGAUGCAGGGGUCCGACCCCGAGUGGAUCGCGCGAACACUGCUGAACCAGCUUCGUGACGGUUCCAUCGUCAUCAUCCACAUGCCAGUAGGGCGCGGCUUCCGGCAGUGGCUCUACCGGGCCCUGCAGCUGCUCCUGGAGGGCCUGGCGGCGAGAGGGCUGCGGGCGGUGACUCUCUCCAGGCUGGCGUCCCUGGCCGAGCAGGAGAGUGCUGCGGUGAGCUCCCCGCCUCCGUAUCGUUGA